CAUAAACAAAAAUAGAUAUUUUAUAAUAAUAACAAUCCAGAUACUUUCAUUCAAAUUAUUUUACAUUUUUUAUAUAUAUGCUAAUAAUAUAAACCAAUUGGAUAUACAGUUUUAAUUUCACUGAUUUCGCACGUUUUUAAACUCUGAUUGUUUUCUCGUCGUGGUUUUGGUUAAUUAUUAAUUCUAUCAGUUUAUUUUUUAACACUGAUAAUUCCCUUAAAGAAUAUCCAGUCGGCUUACAGAUAUUCUGAUAACCUCUCCAGUUACAAGUAUAGUGUGCAUGUGUCGUCAAAUUUGAUUAAAUUCUAUCACCGUUAUCGUUCGCUCAGCUUUUGUACAGGUUUUUAACCUAACUUAAUCUGAUCUUAUAAUGGGAGAUUCGCUUUUGGAUACAGUUGUAUUUAAGAAAAUUAUUUAUUGCAUCUUAGAUGUUUUCGUAUCGUUACAGUCAUUUUUCAUCUUAUCUCAGCAGAUUUAAUCGCAUAAAAUUUAACAAAUAAUUUGUCUUUAUUUUUAAUUGGGAUAAUUUCUAAUGGAACUUAACUUGGACAGUAUCAUCGAACGACUGCUGGAGGUCAGGGGGAACCGUCCAAUCAAGUCAGUACAGCUAAGCGAGGAGGAAAUUAAGGGACUUUGCCAUAAAAGCCGAGAAAUCUUCUUAUCGCAAUCCAUAUUGCUGGAAUUAGAAGCGCCAAUUAAAAUUUGCGGUGAUAUACACGGACAGUAUUACGACCUCCUCAGACUGUUUGAGUACGGAGGCUUCCCGCCGGCGGCAAAUUACCUGUUUCUGGGAGAUUAUGUGGAUCGAGGCAAGCAAAGCCUUGAAACCAUAUGCCUUCUUCUCGCUUAUAAAAUCAAAUACCCUGAAAAUUUCUUUUUAUUACGUGGUAAUCACGAAUGUGCGUCAAUAAAUCGAAUUUACGGAUUCUACGAUGAAUGUAAACGCAGAUAUAGCAUUAAACUAUGGAAAGCAUUCACGGACUGCUUUAAUUGCCUACCAGUCGCAGCCAUAAUUGAUGACAAGAUCUUCUGUAUGCAUGGCGGACUUUCUCCGGAAUUGACAACCAUGGAUCAAAUAAGACAGAUCUCAAGACCUACUGAUGUCCCGGACACCGGUCUUCUCUGCGAUCUUCUUUGGAGCGACCCUGACUCGAAUACUACAGGGUGGGGAGAAAAUGACCGCGGGGUCUCAUUUACCUUCGGGUCAGACAUAGUGGUCAACUUCCUUGCCAAACACGAACUGGACCUGAUUUGUCGUGCGCAUCAGGUGGUGGAAGACGGAUACGAGUUUUUUUCAAAGAGAAGGCUCGUCACCCUGUUCAGUGCUCCCAAUUACUGCGGAGAGUUUGACAACGCAGGCGCCAUGAUGAGCGUCGAUAAGACACUGAUGUGCUCAUUUCAGAUCCUUAAACCUGUUGAUCGAAAACGGUUAAAAUGAAUCGUUUAACAAUGUUAAUAUAUUUUAAUGUUA